AAGCAGGCUGAGCUGGCGAUGUUGCAGGCAAGGAGGAAGGCCAUUCAGCCUCGUCAACCCCGCCCCCGCCUUAGCCUUGCGAGACCGUUUCGACGCACUUCAUCGGACUGGUGGGCCGGGCACAGCCUGACGACAUCUAGUGAGACCCUCGUAUAGUUCUCGGGAUUGUCUCAUCUCAUCAUCGCUACCAUGGCUGACCCUCUUAGCAUUUCCGCAGGUGUAGUAGGUCUAGCAGUCCCAGCCUUACAUGCCGCCAGACUCUUGUUAGACGAUCUGCGAAACAUCAAAGAUGCACCAAAGGCCGUGAAGCGCCUUGAAAGUGAUGUCCAGUCCGUCGAACGGGCACUCACCAGCCUCAAAGCUGUCGAGGAGCAAGAAUGGGAGGUGCUCGGCCCAAAUGUCAUGGAGCAGUCCAAGCAGACCAUCAGUAGCUGCACUGAAGCGUGCAACCUCUUCCGAGACCAGCUGCAGAGAUGGACCAGGCACUCGGAUGGCAAGCUAGCCUGGCAGGACCGAGCCCAUAUCGGGAUCUUUAAGCAGGCACAGAUCAAGGCCAUGUCAGAGCAAUUACAAAACUGCCAACUGAGCAUCAGCUGUACCGUACAGUUCUGUUCGCCACAGCAUAUCACGGAAGAGAUUCGACAGACGAUUUCUACAAGGCAGACUGAUAUUGCGAAUGCUCUCGCUGGAGCAGAUAAACAAUUGAUCGUCCUGGAGAGUAAAGUGGAAGAGCUAGAUAUUAGCGACGCUGAUCAAGAAGACGGAGCCGGUACCGAAGGCCAGUCAUAUGCACUAGGACAGUUGCAGCAGGAACGAAAGGCACUCGACGUGUCGCGCAAGCUGCUGGAGGAGCUGUUGUCAAAGGCACAGGAAGAGGCAGUUGCAAAGGCUGCAACAGGGGAGACCACCACUAGCACUAGCUGGUGUAUGACUGGCUGUGCGAUGAGCGCAAGGGGACGUGGGUCUUGAUCUUGGAUAACGUCGAUGAUGCAGACUUUCUGUUUGAAGCUCGCAGUCUGGGCCAGGAUCAGGGCCGAGAGCGAGGGACGAGCCACAACAUCGAUCCGCGGCCACUCGUGUCGUAUCUACCACAGUGCCCUCAUGGAUCAAUAUUGAUCCUCGACAUUUUGGAAUCAAGGGCGAUGGAAGGAGGC